GGGAGGACAUGCUUCUUAUUCGCCUGGCACCUCUCGGAUUCUGUCAUUGAGCAUACUACACAUGCAAGUCGCAGCACAGCCCCUCGUCUUCCGCGACCACCCGACUCUCUCUCUCUCUCUCUCUCUUCUGCUGCGUCUGCGUCUGCUUCUACUUUCUCGCCGCCGCCGCCGCCGUCUCCGUCGCCAUCACCGUCGCUCUCGCUUGCUCGCCUCAUGCAGUUCGGUUGCCGGUGGAUGCUCGAGUCCAACAUUGUUGUUUUUUCGGGGUAUCGGGGAAAAAAAAAACUCUUUUUUUAGAGCACGCUCCAUUCCUUGUUUUUUUAUAUUUGGCUUCGCUUCGCUUUCUGCAUCGCCGCUAGACCGAAUCAGCCAGGAUCUUCUGUAAUCGGUGUACUGCUACCACUCGUAUGUCCAUGUCCUUGCGAUACGAUGGAUCGAGCAAGGGUUUUUGCGGUGCAGAAGGUCUGUUUAGGCCCCAAAGAUGUGGAAUCUACAAAGUGCUGGAGCUUAGGUAGAGCCUUCUUUCUCCCAUGCCGUACCCGAGCCCAUAAGAGACAACGCUGUCUUUGGGCUUGUCAUGCCAUGUCCGCCCCACCAACCUUGCCCAGCCUUACCCGGGGUCGCCUUGAAUGCCGAGAGCUGUGUUUUCUUUUCUGGCAAUCUGUCGCCUCCGUGCCCGUGCCUAGCCUGGCGCCCGAGGUUGUCUUUUUUUUUUUUUUUUUGCGAUCGCCUUGCAGGGUUCAGCG